AUGCCGCCGCUACCAGGAUUCUCCGACAACCCUUUCCAAAGCCGAGAUGACUUUAUUGAAGCCAUAAUUGCUCUAAUCGACCCUCUAAAACAACAUUUCUCACCUGGCAAGUCUCGCGUUCGUAUCCCAGUCGCGACAGGUGCACAUUUCGAUGAGUCGGCAGCACAAUUAGAAGGCUUUGCACGGCCCUUAUGGGCGAUCGCGCCAUUACUUUUCGGAUAUGGCUCCAUCGCCAAUAGAGACCUGGCAGCCCGUGUAGAUGAGCUAGUCCAGCCAUGGGUUGACGGCUUGAUCGCAGGAACUGACCCUCAGCAUCCGGAGUAUUGGGGGGCUAUGAACGACAUGGAUCAAAGAAUGGUGGAGGCAGAGAUGAUAGCGUUUGCGCUCAUAGCAGCACCGAAGCGAUUCUAUGAGCCAUUGAACGAAGACCAAAAGAAGAACAUCAUGAACUGGUUGAGCUCGAUUCGCGGAAAGAAAAUGCCCCCGACGAAUUGGCGCUGGUUUCGUGUCUUCUGCAACCUCGCUUUAGUGAAGACUUGCGGCGUCCCUUUUUCACAAGUCAAGGAAGAGAUGGAUUCCGACCUUGAGCUAUUAGACAGUUUCUACAUCGGUGAUGGAUGGUCAGCGGAUGGCCCUUGGCAGACAGUCGAGCAAGCGAGACAAGAAAGGGAGCUGGCUGAGAAGACGGGACGUCGAGAUACCGUCGGGACCGGACGACAAGCAGACUACUAUUCUGGUAGCUUCGCUAUUCAGUUCUCUCAGGCCCUCUACUCUAAGUUCGCCGCUGAUCUGGAUGAAUCGCGAUGCGAGAUGUAUCAACAACGAGCCAGAGACUUCGGAGCCCAGAUAUGGAGAUACUUCGAUUCUCAAGGAUCUUCAAUUGCUUUCGGUAGAUCCCUCACGUAUCGCUUUGCCUGCGGAGGUUUCUUUGGCGCGCUGGCGUUUGCCAAGGUGCCUAAUAUGCCUAAGCCGCUUGAUUCACCAGGAGCAAUUAGGGGGUUCCUAGCCCGGCAUCUGAGGUGGUGGGCACAUAAUUCCAGUGACAUCUUCUCAACUGAUGGCACUCUUACAAUUGGAUGGCUGUAUCCAAAUAUGUACAUGGCCGAAGACUACAACUCUCCCCAAUCCGUGUACUGGUGCCUCAAAACACUUAUAGCUGUUGGCCUGAGUGCCGACGACGAAUUCUGGAAAUCCGAACCCCUUCCAUAUCCGCCCUUUGAACCCCCGACACAAGUCGUCCGAGCUCCUCAGCAAAUCCUAUGCAACCACCCGCUCGGAAAUCACCACUUCAUGCUCACUCCAGGGCAAUUCGUUGCUUGGCCGAUGAAAGCCAACCAAGCCAAAUACUGCAAGUUUGCAUAUUCUUCAGCUUUCGGUUUCUCCGUCCCCACGGGCCCCCUGAUCCAACAGAUUGCUCCGGACAAUCAACUGGCGCUGAGCCGAGAUGGUGGAGAAACUUGGGCAGUGAAGUGGAAGUGCGAUGAAGUCAAGUUUGGCACCAUGUCGACAAAGACUGAUAACCAGAGCGUGAUGAAUGUUUCCAUUGCAAGCGUGAGAUGGUAUCCUUGGGGAGAUCGAGCCGUGGCUGUCGAUACGAUCUUGAUCCCGCCGACUGAACAAUGGCCGGAUUGGCAUGUAAGAAUGCACCGCAUACGAUGUCAGAAGCCCAUCGAGUCGCUUCGCGUCGUUGAAGGUGGUUUCGCUAUAAAUGGCCGUAAGCAAGCAGAUGGGAUGAACUUGCCAACGCUUCCAGUACCCGACGAUGCUGUGCCUGGUCGUUUCGAGGGCAGCUUCUCAGAUGAAAUAUCAACAAUCAUCUCUUCUAAACCCGGCUCUAGUGGUAUUAUAACUGAAGCUCUUUUCGAUAGACAAAGGGUUGAGGUGGAGAGCUUCCCUCUGAAGCCGGACUCCAACACGAAUAUCGUUUGCCAGCGAACAUUGAUUCCAGUUGCAUCCGUAGACAUAACAGCAACACUGGAGCCAAGUCAAGAAGUGUGGUUGAAGAGUUCGGUUUUCGCUGUUUCGUCCAAUGUUGGCGAGGGACGACAAAGUGAUGUGGCGAGUCUCAGGGAGAGAUGGUCUCGAUCUCCGACCAUUGAGGUAGAGAGCUUCGAACAGAUCUUACACAAUAUGUAA